AUGGGUUGGAGUGAAGGACCAUAUGGAGUAUGCCCACCUCCUCAAAUAGCUUGGGGUUCGUAUGGGUUGAACUCACCUCCACAAACUGCUUGGGAUUCAUUUGGAGUGAAUUCAAAUACUCAAAUGUAUUAUAUGAAGAGAUCUUCACCUCUCAUUCAGUUUGCACUUGCUGAGGAAGGUAAAGCGAGAUACGAAAAGGCAAGCUUUAAAGUAAUUGAUAUGGAUAAUUAUGCCGCCACUGAUGAAGAAUAUGAGGAGAAAUUGAAGAAAGAAACUGUGGCAUUUUUCUUUUUAGCUGCAUAUGGAGAUAGUGAGCCAACUGACAAUUCUACAAGGUUCUAUAAAUGGUUUUCAGAGGGUAAAGGGAGAGAGAAAUGGCUUAAUCUUUCGUACGGAGUGUUUGGCCUUGGCAACAGGCAAUAUGAGCAUUUCAACAAGAUAGCAAAGAUCGUGGAUGAGGUCCUUGAUGAGCAGGGUGGAAAUCGUCUUGUUCCAGUGGGUCUUGGAGAUGAUGAUCAAUGCAUGGAAGAUGACUUUGCUGCAUGGCGGGAAUUACUUUGGCGCGAGUUAGAUCAGUUGCUUAAGGAUGAUGACAGUUCAACUGUUACAACUCCUUACACUGCUGCUGUGUUGGAAUAUCGUGUGGUAUAUCAUGACGGCACAGAUGCAUCAAUAUUGGACAAGAGCAUGAGUAUGUCAAAUGGUCAUGCUGUUCAUGAUGCACAACAUCCAUGCACGUCUAAUGUGGUUGUGAAAAAGGAGCUUCAUACUGCUGCCUUUGAUCGAUCUUGCACCCAUCUAGAAUUUGACAUUGCUGGAACUGGACUUGUAUAUGAAACUAGGGACCAUGUCGGCGUGUACUGUGAGAAUGUGAUUGACAUUGUGGAGGAAGCUGAAAGGUUAAUGGAUUUAUUACCAGAUACAAAUUUCUCCAUUCACACCGAUAAAGAGGAUGGCACUCCACUUGGUGGUAGCUCAUUGCUGCCUCCUUUCCCUGCAUGUACCAUAAGAACGACACUGACUCGAUAUGCAGAUCUUUUGAGCUUUCCGAAGAAGUCUGCAUUACUUGCCCUGGCAGCUCAUGCUUCUGAUCCAAGUGAAGCCGAGCGAUUGAGGCAUCUGUUGGCUCCAUCCACUACCUACAUGGUAAGGAGCCCACCAUCCACAUGGUGUGGGUGGCACCAUGUGGUAAAAGAAGCUGGUGGAGGGCAACACCAACUCACUAAAGGAAGAUAG